AAAUAAAAUCAAAAGAAUAAAAAAAUAAAUAAAGAAAUAAAGCAAAGCCAAACAACACAAGCAAAAAGCAAAGAAAAAGAGAGUAAAGAAAAAGGAAGCAGCGCAGAGUAACAGGCCAAAGGAUAUACAUAUAUGUAUAUGAACGCAUGCAUCAAAUACUAUAGCGAAACCGUUAUGUUUAAUCCCAUUGUGUAAAAACAAAACGUAAAAACGUAAACGCGAAUGUAAAAAUCGAUAAACGAACGACAACACGCAGCAAAACGUGUCGAAAAGUUGACCAACAAAAUUGGCCAAAAGAGAGACUCCAGCGGUAUCGUCUGCUCUGUGUUUUUGCUGAUUGCGCUUCGAGGCCUAACGGAAAAAUGUGUGAAGUGGCUGUGAAAUUUGAAAAGUCCUAAUAGCAACAACUACAACAACAACAACAACAAACCAAUUUACCAUUUUAAAAUGCAAUUGAAAUAACACGCCGCCAGCACUACAAUGCCAACAACUUAACAAUAAAUCUUACCAAACAUUUCGGCGAGCCAACUCUUUUUUCACAUGAGUUAAACGUAACGAGAUAAAAACUGCAACAUUUCCUUUCCGCUUUUGCAACAUACGUAUACCCUACGACCUACGACGAUCUUUGCUCGUUCGAAACUAAAUAUUCACCUCACGGACACUCCAUACACUCGACACUCGACAAACUACACUCAAGAAUCCAAUUGCUGGACCAAGCCCAGAUCCAUAACCAGUCCCAGGCCGCAAUUCUUGCCCACUACUACCACUUAACACUUAUUUGAUUCAUUUGGCCAUAUCGCUUCACCAUGCCGCGGUGCCUGAUUGCCAAGAAAUGGAAGGCCUAUCCUUGGCUCGACCGUGCCGAGGAUAGCCAAACAAACACAACCGAAGCUUCCAUCACUGAUGCGUGCAUGAGCAUUAGCAUCAUACAAAAACGCGAUACGAGCUCACCCUCGUCCUUGCCUACGCCCACACCCACAUCCACAUCCACAACGGGAGCGUCUAUGGCACUUAAGUCGCGACGCUCCACACUGGACGAUGACGAGGAGAUCGAUGUGGUCGGCGACAAUGCCAAGGUCGUGACGAGCGCAAAGUUGGACAAGCAACGCACAACUGCCGCGGCAGAAGUACUAUCCGAGAGCACAACAACAACAACAACAGCAACAAACACCACAACAGCGACACCAACGGCCAAGUGCUGGGGUCCCUCCUCACCAACGGCUGGCACUACGGCACCCAGUCCGCCGCCGCACUCGCCCGAGGCAGCGACGCGCGUGGCCACAAAUGUCUAUAAUGGAUAUACGCGCGAAUUAUCGCCUCUUCAUUACACCGCGUACCUGCCCAGAAUGAAAAGCGAGAUAACGGUUAUUCGUGCAGCGGCCACAGCACUGGUGGCAGCCGCCUCCAACAGCAGCGUCGCGGCAACCACAAAUCCAGCUCACGAGCAGCCGACGGUCGUCGCCAUGCAGCAUUUGUCCUCGUACCAAACGCCGCCCUCGUCAACGACCUCCUCGCCGUCUUGCUCGCCCACAAGCCAUGGCAGCGAUCGCUACAGUCCGCAUAGCAUUCACAUCAAGACCGAGUCCUAUGCGGCUGAGCAUUUGUUGGGACACACAGCCAGCGAACGGAAAUGCUUUAGCAGUACGGGUGCAACUAUCUCAUUGCCGCCAAAGAAGAAGGACAUCUAUAGGCCUUACUCGCUGGAGGACAAACCCACGCACUAUGCAAGUAACGUGGAGAGCGGUGCAGCUGCAAUUGUUGGCUUUCGUAAGCGCAUUCCGGCUGAGGAGGACUUGCAUGCGGCUCAUGCCAUACUCGACCUGAGCGCCUCGACCGCAUUCCAUCCGCCCACGCAGCCCCAUCAACUGCAUCAGCAUCGGCCGCCAUCGCAUUCAUCGCAUCACUUGCCACUGCAGCAACAGCCACAGCAGCAGCAGCAGCAGCAGCAACAACAACAACAACAACAGCCGCAGCAGCAGCAACCCCACUCACACGCCCUCGCCCACUCUGGAGCGCAGACGUUGGAGGCGCAUGCGCAUGUACGCAGCACGUCAUCGAUUGCCGAAUUGGCUGCAGCAGCCAGCGCCGUUAAUGAACAACGCCCCUUGAGCAAUGCCUCGAGCGCUUUGAGCGCUAGCGACAGCCUUGGCAGCCUUGGGAGCGAGCGACAGCCCAGCAGCCCGGCCAGCGUGCAGAAUGAGAACAGCAACACCACUAACCAGCUGCAAUUGCAUCAGAGUCGAGAACAUGGUCCGCUGAGUCCGCUGCAAGGCCACCACGACGGGGAUAAUGGUCAGAAUGGAGCAGCCAAAACAGUUGCCUACACCUACGAGGCCUUCUUCGUUAGCGACGGACGCUCCAAGCGCAAGCAUGUGGCCGAUCCAGCCGCCGUUGUGGUGCAGGACCAGCAGAAGACCAAGUACACAUGCUCCGAGUGUGGCAAGCAGUAUGCCACCUCCAGCAACCUGUCGCGCCACAAGCAGACCCAUCGCUCUCUCGACUCACAGUCUGCAAAGAAGUGUCAUACCUGCGGCAAGGCCUAUGUCUCGAUGCCGGCGCUGGCCAUGCACGUGCUCACCCAUAAGCUCUCGCAUAGCUGCGGCGUUUGUGGCAAACUCUUCUCCCGUCCCUGGCUACUUCAGGGCCAUCUGCGCUCCCACACUGGAGAAAAACCCUACGGCUGCGCCCACUGCGGCAAGGCCUUUGCGGAUCGCUCGAAUCUGCGCGCGCACAUGCAGACCCACUCGGUGGACAAGAACUUCGAGUGCAAGCGUUGCCACAAGACAUUCGCGCUCAAGUCGUACCUCAACAAGCAUCUGGAAUCAGCCUGUCUGAAGGACGAGGAGGAGCUGAUGAUGACGAUGCAUGGCGCCGGUGGCGAUAGCAAUAGCGAGAGCGGCGCCAGUCUAGCAUCGCCCACGCACGAGUUCCAGCAUCGUUUCGACGGCGCUCUGGAACGUGUCAAGGUGGAGCCGACGCACCCGCCUUUGGCGCUAUCGGUGCCGAUGGCAAUUGGGGCCUUUGCUGUCUAAGUGAUGUGAGUAAGGGGGACUGGAUGGCAGAA